ACCUGGACGACGGCGAUGCUGCCGGAGGCCCAGCCUCCGCCGCCGCCGCCGCCGCCGAGGGCGAUGCUCGCCGACCUCAACGUCGACCCGCCGGAGAGCGACGGCGAGGACCACCCGCCAACCCCCAAACCGAGCCCCGCCGUCGCCGCCUCCGCCGCCGCCGCAGUUCCGGUGGCCGCCGCUGACUACUCCACUAGGAGUUGUAUUGAGGAGAGUGGGUUGACGAAAAACACAAUCGCAACGAAGGACCCUGAUACUGUUGAAUGCGAAGACGUUGAUCAACAUUAUCAAGGGGCAUCUGUUUCACGAGAGGAGAAAGUUAGCAACUUGAAAGCUGCUUUAGUUCAUGUUGCCCGGAAGAUGCCUAAGAAUGCCCAUGCCCAUUUUAUGUUGGGUUUGAUGUACCAAAGGCUUGGUCAGCCCCAGAAGGCAAUAUUAGCGUAUGAAAAAUCAUCUGAAAUAUUAGUACAAGAUGAGCAAGAAGUGCGGAGGCCUGAUUUACUCUCAUCAGUGAGGAUGCACCAUGCUCAGUGUAUUUUGCAAGCAAGCAUGGGUGAUAGUUUUGAUGAAGAGCUUGACACUGGUGAACUGGAUGAAAUCCUUGUUAAGCUAAAGAGUUCAGUUGAAUUGGACCCCAGGCAGGCAGCUGUUUGGAAUAUUCUUGGAUUAGUUCUUCUUCGCGGUAGUCAAAUUCAGAGUGCUAUCUCAGUUUUUUCUACUCUCACGGCUGUUGCUCCAGAUUACUUGGACUCACUUGCCAAUCUUGGUGUUGCAUAUAUUCAAAGUGGGAAUCUAGAGCUGUCCGCAAAAUGCUUUCAAGAGCUGGUUUUGAAAGACCAAAACCACCCAGCUGCUCUGGUGAAUUAUGGUGCUCUCCUUCUAUGUAAAUAUGGAUCUUUGACUGCAGGGGAGUCUGGUACUGAAAGUGCAGGGUCUUAUCUGCACCAGAAAGAAGCCUUAGUUGUUGCAAAGGAGUGCUUACUUGCAGCUGUGAGGUCUGAUCCUAAAGCUGCAUCUGUAUGGGUAAAUCUUGCAAAUGCAUAUCACAUGGUUGGUGAACAUAGAAAUUCAAAGAGGUGUUUGGAGCAGGCAGCGAAAUUUGAACCCAAUCAUAUGCCUGGUCGGUAUGCAAUUGCAGUUCACCGUAUCAGAGAUGCUACAAGGUCGCAAUGUUCUGAUGAUCAGCUUUCCUGGGCUGCAACUGAGAUGGCAACGGUUCUAAAAGAAGGAGACCCUUCAGCAGUUGAUGCUCCAAUCGCAUGGGCAGGGUUGGCAAUGGCUCACAGGGCGCAACAUGAAAUUCCGGCUGCUUAUGAUGGAGAGCAGGCCGUUCUAAAUGAGGCAGAAGAGCGAGCUCUUUAUACUCUAAAGCAGGCAAUCCAAGAGGACCCAGAUGAUGCUGUUCAAUGGCAUCAACUUGGUUUGUAUAAUAUUUGCACGACUCAGUUUAGUCGAUCUGUAAAUUUUCUGAAAUCUGCAAUAGCUCGCUCCCCGGAUUGCAGUUAUGCUUGGUCUAAUCUUGGUAUCGCGUUGCACUUAUCAGACGAUCCAUCCUCUGAAACUGUAUAUAAGCGGGCCCUAGUGCUAUCUUCAAGCCAGCAGUCGCACGCAAUCCUCUCUAAUCUUGGAAUUCUUUACCGGCAGCACAGGCUGUAUGAACUUGCAAGAAAGAUGUUAUCAAGGUCUUUGGAAAUUUGCCCUGGGUACGCACCCGCCAACAACAACCUGGGUCUCGUAUUUGUCGCGGAGGGCCGUCUGGAGGAUGCUAUAGGCUGCUUCGAGAGAGCUGUAAAAUCCGAUGACUUGCUCGAUGCUGCCAAAUCGAACUUGGCAAAAGCCCUUACAUUGGCUAAGAAACAACAGGGCAACACGAGAUGAAUGAUGUCCACCUUUCAGCCUUGUGCUGGAGCUUCGAACAAGGAAGGACUUCAAAUAUCUGAUCUGGAACGUGUCGGCUCUUGAAUGGCCAGCUCAGAACCGACGCGUGGGUGGCUGCUGGAAGCUGUGAAGAAGAGCAGCCUGUAAGGUUGCGCUGAAUAUCAGGAGAGCUGGCUGCUGUUCCAGUGCUGC